AGAGGAGGAGGAAGGAAGAGGAAGAAAAGGAGAAGGAGGAGGAAAAACAUGACGAAGAAGAGGAGGAGGAGGCGGCAGCAAUUUUACCACAAGGGACAGCCAGGCUGGAUUUUCUUGUCUCAGCCAGCCCAAUGACCUUCUUCCCUUUUGCUGACCACUCCCCGGGGCUGGCCUCCCUGCUGCUCACAAACAGCCAGCCGGACAGCUCUGGGGAGGCAGCCCACAGGCUCUUCCUCCGGACCCUAGCUGGGUGCUGCUCCCCGCUUCGCCAGAGGGAAAGCGCUCUUGGAGAGCAAGCUUGACAGGGGGACGUCUGUCCCGCAGGUGCAGAACCUCAGCCAUGCUGGCCUUCCUGUUCUGUGGCUUGCUUCUGGCGGCCCGUGGCUCUGUCACCUCGACUUUGCCGGAUCCUGAGGAGUCCAGCUUCGACUUAGCAGAGAUCAAGCCAGACCUGGCUGAGAAGAUAAGCGACACCCAUGCCAAAGUGCAGGAGAUCUGGUUGGAGCUGGGACGACGGCGGGAGGUGGAUGCCACAGAGAUGUACGCAGUCUGCCAGGUGCAGCCGUCAGCCUCGCUGGCGACCGAUCAGCCGCGGGUCACCGGCCUGGUCCUCUUCCGGCAGCUGUCGCCCAGCGCCAGGCUCGAGGCCUUCUUCGAUCUGGAGGGCUUCCCCGCCGAGCCGAACGUCUCCAGCCGCGCCAUCCACGUGCAUCAGUUCGGGGACCUGAGCCAGGGCUGCGAGUCCACGGGGCCGCACUACAACCCGAUGGCCGUGCAGCACCCGCAGCACCCGGGCGACUUCGGCAACUUCGUGGUGCGCGACGGCCGCCUCUGGAAGUACCGCACCGGCCUGGCCGCGUCGCUGGCCGGCCCGCACUCGAUCUUGGGCCGCGCCGUGGUGGUCCACGCCGGCGAGGAUGACCUGGGCCGCGGCGGCAACCAGGCCAGCGUGGAGAACGGCAAUGCCGGUCGCCGGCUCGCCUGCUGCGUGGUGGGCGCCAGCACCCCCGCGGCCUGGGCUCGCCAGACACAGGAGCACGCCGAGCGCAGGAAGCGGCGGCGGGAGAGCGAGUGCAAGGCCGCUUAAGAGUCACUCCUGGCCGCCGAGCCCAGCCGUGCCGUGCAUAGAUGCCUCCACGCGCUUCAGUCGCCUGCACGCAUCCCAGACAGAUGCCUUCCAGACAUCUCAGGCGCCUCUGAGAAUCUCACAUGUUUCCAUGCGCCCCAGACACCUCUGUAUGGCCCCAGAUGCUUUCACACACACACACCCCCAGUCACUUCUGCGCUUCCCAGAUGCCCGCCACCAACCCCCGCCGGUCCAGACACCUAACCCAGGAAUCCUUUCAUGCCCUAGACACUUCCGCAGACCCAGAACUCCUUUAUGCUCCCAGAUACCUCCAUCUGAUGGAGGUUCCCCUCCAUGCUGGACACUCCACCUUAAGGGCCCAGACAAUCACAGAUGCUCCUAGAAUCCCCUUUGAAACAGUCUUUGAUUCUGUUUGCUCCCAGAGAAUCCCCCCCUCCCACCACCUCCGAGAUCGCACUCUCUCUUUCUGCUCUGGGGACCUCUCAGUCAGCACCUUUGAGAACACUCCCCCCAGGUGUACCGAAAUACCCCCACCCCCACCCCACUUCCUCUGGUCUGUCUUUUCUUUCCUAUCCCCUAGCACAAGAGACUCCUCUCUUCCCUAGGGACCUCUUCUUUCCUCCCUUUGUUACUCCUAGGUGCUCGAGACCACCCUGCCUCACACACACCUAGGGUUCCACGUCUCAGCUCACCUCCUGGGGUGCCCCUGGUUCUGUUUUCAGCUAUUCCCCAUAUGGUGCCUGCACCCCAUGGAGAGCAGUUCCUAUGAGGGUAUUUGGCAACUUGUGUUUCACAUUAAAGCACAGCAAUUCAGUCCUGCA